AUGAGCUAUUUCAACCAGAGCGGUGCUUCUACCCCGACACGUGCGCUUUCGACCGCCCAACCAUCGCAAAGUGAGGAAAAGCAGCCGGAGGAGACGAGCAGGACGAACAGCGAUGAGAGUACCGAGCGGGAGAGCCGCACAGCAUCCCAGACACCAACACCCUCCACGUCUUCCGGCGGAGCACCGGCAUCGAGAGGAAAGCUUACAAUCAAGGUCGGAGAGGCUCGGGGUUUGAGAAGGUGCAGAGACCCAUACGUAGUCGUGGUAUUCCAACGGAGCGAGCUGAUUUCGCCUGGUCCUCGUCGUGCCGUUGAAGAUGACGAUGACGCGGCAAUUUCUGCCGUCCAAACCGGCGGAAUCCCUAUCCAACGCCAAGGCAGUGACUCCGGCCGGCCAAUGGCAAUUCCCAUGCGCAGUCGGCAGAGCAGCAACACGAGCCUUACCGACUUCAACACGUUUCGAAGACGCAACUCAUCCCAACCCCGGCGGUCGUUCACUAACCCCACCUGGGACGCUGAGGCCGUUUUUGAUGUGGUAGACUCUGACAUGCUUGUCGAUAUCUCCGUAUAUGGCCAAGGGCCAUCCGGUGAGGAGUUUCUUGGACACGUCGACUUCCAGGCCAACAAAAACGAGCCAAUUAGAGGUUGGUUUCCCCUGCAAGGCCAUGCCGAUACAAUGGCCGAAAAUGCGCCAUCGGGCGAGGUUUACGUCGAAGCCUUCUACCAAAGAGCCGAACAGAAGCAUUUUGGCCCUGAGGACUUCCAGAUUCUCCGACUCAUCGGAAAAGGCACAUUCGGUCAGGUAUACCAGGUUCGGAAGAAGGAUACUGGUCGGAUCUACGCCAUGAAGGUCCUAUCCAAGAAGGUGAUUGUUCAGAAGAAAGAGGUGGCACACACGGUGGGCGAGCGCAACAUCUUGGUCCGUACGGCCAUGUCCGACUCGCCUUUUAUUGUGGGGCUGAAGUUCUCCUUCCAAACACCAUCGGAUCUCUAUCUUGUGACGGAUUACAUGUCAGGCGGAGAGCUAUUCUGGCAUUUGCAGAAGGACGGCAAGUUCGAGGAGAAACGCGCGAAGUUCUACAUUGCGGAGCUUAUCCUUGCGAUCCAACACCUACACGAAAACGACAUCGUAUACCGUGAUCUCAAGCCGGAAAACAUCCUUCUGGACGCCAAUGGUCACAUCGCUCUCUGCGAUUUCGGUCUUUCCAAGGCCAACCUGACAAAGAACGACACCACAAACACCUUCUGCGGUACGACCGAGUACCUAGCACCGGAAGUUCUCCUUGAUGAAGCUGGUUAUACCAAGAUGGUCGACUUCUGGUCUCUGGGCGUUCUCGUUUUCGAAAUGUGCUGCGGCUGGAGUCCAUUCUACGCUGAGGACACUCAACAGAUGUAUAAGAACAUUGCUUUUGGCAAGGUUCGAUUCCCGCGCGACACACUUUCUUUGGAAGGCCGAAAUUUCGUCAAGGGACUUCUAAACCGAAACCCCAAGCACCGCCUGGGUGCUACCGACGAUGCCGAGGAAUUGAAGAGGCAUGCGUUUUUCGCCGAUAUCGACUGGGUUGCCCUUUCCAAAAAGCUCAUCACACCGCCCUUCAAGCCGCAGCUAAAGAGUGAUACUGAUGUGUCAUACUUUGACCCCGAAUUCACCAAUGCGCUCAACGCCAAUGGAUCGCUCAAUGAGCGUGCAGCUGCGUUGGCCAGAGGCUAUGCCACGUCUACUCCGCUGUCCCCUUCAGUACAGGCCAACUUCCAAGGCUUCACCUUUGUUGACGAAAGCGCGCUUGAAGAGAACAUGCACGAUCGUUCUUACCACAGAUACGAGGACGAUGAAAUGGCUGACGUCCCAGAGCGGCGGAGGACAGAUGAUUGGGAUGACGUUCAUGAGGCCGACCAACGAGCCGAGAAUCGGAUGAGCGGUGUCGUCAAGUCUAACACGACUGAAGACCAGAUGUUUGGCGGAACCAACUUCGACCCUUGA